UAAUCCAAAGUUGAGAAGUAGCUAGCAUCAAAUUAAAAUCAACUAAUUAGUUGCAACACAUUUUCAAAGCGUCCCAAUAUUAGGGUGAGCCUAUAAAUUCGCAGCCCAGCCCGGCCAGUGACUCAGUACAUACUACAUUAUACACAAAUAUAUAUACUUUCAAAAAUUAAUUAUUUUUUUUUUAUAUAUAAUUGGAUCGAUGACGAAGAACCAGGAAGCGCGGUCGAGCUCGUCGUGCGCGGCGUGCAAGUUCCUGAAGCGGAGGUGCACGGCGAACUGCCAGUUCGCGCCGUACUUCCGGUCGGACGAGCCGCGGAGGUUCGUGAAGGUGCACAAGGUGUUCGGGGCGAGCAACGUGAGCAAGAUCCUGAACGAGGUGGCGGAGGAGCAGCGGGAGGAGGCGGUGAACUCGCUCGUGUUCGAGGCGGAGGUGCGCCUCCAGGACCCCGUCUACGGCUGCAUUGGCGCCAUCGCCUCCCUGCAGCACAAGAUGGUGGAGCUGCAGCACGACCUCAUCCUCGCCCGCACCCGCCUCGCUUGCUACGUCGACCACCACCACCAGCCGCCGCCGCCCACCUUCUUCGACGAUCAUCUCGACAUGCCCCCGCUCUUCCCCGCCACCCCCAUCCCCGACCUCUUCGACCACCCCACCCUCCCCUUGGAUCACUUUGCCCCUCUCCACUUCCCUUAAUUACUCUCUCUCUCUCUCUCUCUCUCUCUCAUCCCUAUAUAUAUAUAUAUAUAUAUAUAUAUAUAUAUAUAUGUAUGUAUGUAUGUAUGAAUAUGAUCAAUGUGGCUGGUUUGUCUCAGAGUUUGAGCUUCCAAUUGAAGUGAGAAAUAGAGUGAGCUAUCGUUUUCAUAGA